UUUAUGUUAUUUACAUUUAUUGUGUAACUAAAUUCCUCAUUAUUAAAUGAGAAUCAUGAUAAACGAAUUGGGCGUACAGCAUCAGUCAUACAGCCAAUAAACAGCUUCCAAACUUUACUGAAAAUAUAUGACUGCUUACUCUUGAAAGAUUACUUCUUUGUUAUAUUACAUCUCAAAAAUGUAUAUUUCGGUACGUGUGCUUGUGUGAAAAAAAUAUUUUAAAGGAUGAAAAUGUGUUUAAUCAGGAAAAUCACUUACAAGCAAUGGCUUCAAGCGUUGGCCUUGUUUUUCGUCGUUCAAUGUUACAUAAACCUAAUAUCCUACUUAAUGUAUAACAAUUACAAAAGAAAAUAUGCAAAGUAUAACCACGAAGCUGAUGAUACCUUCAGGAAUUUCAUAAAGUUCUGUGCCAAUAUUACAGUAAAAACUGCCCCUGGUCUGCCUCGCAAAGACUGUUAUUAUGAAUAUCCGUUGAUAAACUCGACAAAUGUCUCAAUGAAUUACGAAAAUGGCUUCAACUCGUCAUAUUACUGGUUUAUAGCGAUGAAACCCUAUUUCAAGAACAUAGGAGAUGACCGAGCUCCUAAACACACAAACGAUACACCCUUCUGUCACGUGAACCUGUCCAAACUACGUCCAAUUGAAGUAGAAAAAGUGGUAAUAGAUCUAGAAUGGGUAGAGAAGCUAAAUCCUUACGUGAAGCCUGGAGGGAGUUAUACGCCUAAGCAUUGCCGCCCCAUCAACAGAGUCGCCAUUAUAGUGCCUUAUCGAAAUCGGAAAAUUAAUCUUAUUAUCUUCCUGCGCUACAUACAUCCGUUGUUGAAGAAACAAGGGUUACACUAUAGAAUAUUUGUCAUUGAACAAUAUGGCACUGAGAAGUUCAACAAAGGCAGCCUAUACAACAUCGCGUUCCUGGAGACGCAGCGGUUCGGCUCGUGGGACUGCCUGGUGUUCCACGACGUGGAUCUCAUCCCGGAGCACGAAGGCAUCCCCUACUCCUGUAACCAACACCCCACACAUAUGUCACCUGCAGUCGAAAUGUUUGAAUACAAACUUCCAUACGACACUUUGUUCGGUGGUGUGACGUCGCUCACUCCUGCGCAGUACGAGACAGUCAACGGGUACUCCAACUGCUACUGGAACUGGGGUGGAGAAGACGACGAUAUGCAACGAAGGUUACAAUCAAAAAACUUCACAAUAUCGAGGUAUAACAGUACUAUGGCCCGAUAUGCUACGCUGCCUCAUUUUUGGAAUGAUAUUGGAAAGGAACGAUAUCUUUUCCUAAUGCUAACGAGACUCCUAUACAUAAAGGAAGGUUUAGUGACCACGAAAUACAGGCUGAUAAAAGUGACGGAAGAAAAACUAUUCACCCACAUCCUAGCUGACGUAAACCCGACGAAACUUAAACUGGACACGAAGAGUCUGAUGAACCAUAUCGUUCGUCUUCAUGGGAAGAGCUUGGAGUAUGGCAGACAGGAGCUGCAAUUGAGGUCCAUCUCAGCUAAGGCCCUCCAUGAAUAUUUGGAAUGGGAACGCCAUAGACAUAUCCAGCUAUCUGAUCUUAAAGGCCUGAUCUGACUUGAAGACGUCGUAUGUGAUUCAGAAACUAAUUAGUCAAGUGAAUUAGCAUUCAGGAGGUUAAAAAUUUUGAGAAUGCUGAUUUGAAAGAAGUUUUCCUUUUCACUGAAGUUAAUCCUAAUAAAUAAAUUAGUUGGGAACUAGGACUUCUGGUGUAGUCGAUUGGAAUAAGGCUUCUAAUCUGACUCAUUUUGCACUCCUUUGUUAUAUAAAUUGUGAUGAAUGAUGGAGAUGUAGACAAAAUCUCUCCGUAUACUAAUAUAUUUUUGUUUUUUCUGUGCCGAGUAUAAAAAUAUAAUAUUUAUAUUAAUAUUUCCAAUUAACAAGUGCUUAAUAAAAGUU